AUUUCGAGCUAAGUUUAGCAGCAAUUAACUCAAGUUCGCUGGUGCAAAUAUCAAUAAAUAUAAAUCUGGGAGCCAAAUUUCUGCCGAUAUCUCUCAGUCGCAGAGUUCACUGUUUUCUAUUCCUCCCUUGAAUUUCUCCUUCAGUGACCGUUUCAAUUCUUAUCCGGCCGGAGCAAAAAAUCAAGCAAUGUCUUAUGUACCUCCGCACCUGAGAAACUCAGCCGCCGCCACGACUGUGGGGAGAAACGGCAGCGAUUACUUGUACUCGAACAAUAACGCUCACCCCAAAUUGCCGUCGUCAUUUGCUCAAUCGAGGAACGGUGCAGUAAGAGAAAGCUCCUCCAACGGUUCCAGUCGGAGCGCAUGCUCUACUGCCAAUUACUCGGCACCGAGAACUCUAGUCGUGCCCGAGCCCGUCUUCACUCAGUGGAAGCCAUCCGAACGUGUUCUCCGGCUCAAACUUGAACAGAUAGAAGAGAUUAGGUUGAGACUUAAUGUUGAUGUUGAUUUUGCUGCGGAUUCACAACCUGCACCUGCACCUAUAGAAUCAUUCACUGAUAUGUGCUUGCAUCCUAGCAUCAUGAAGGAUAUUGCACUCCAUGGUUAUAGCAUUCCCACUUCUGUUCAAGCUCAAACCAUGCCUGUUGCCCUUAGUGGGAGGGACAUUUUGGGCUGUGCAGAAACUGGGAGUGGAAAAACCGCAGCAUUCGCUAUACCAAUGAUUCAGCACUGCCUAGCUCAGACUCCUCUUAGGCGCGGUGAUGGCCCACUUGCAUUGGUAUUGGCACCUACAAGAGAGCUUGCACAACAGAUAGAAACAGAGGUCAAAGCUUUCAGUAAAUCUCUUGAUUCAUUUAGAACAGCAAUUGUAGUGGGAGGGACAAACAUUAGUGACCAGAGGUCCGAGCUUCGAGCAGGGGUGAACAUAGUUGUGGCUACUCCUGGAAGACUAAUCGAUCACUUGCAACAAGGAAAUACUUCCCUUUCCAGGAUAUCUUUUGUUGUAUUGGAUGAGGCUGACAGAAUGCUUGAUAUGGGAUUUGAGCCUCAGAUAAGAGAGGUGAUGCACAAUCUUCCCAAAAAGCAUCAAACUUUGUUGUUUAGUGCAACCAUGCCAGCAGAAAUUGAAGCACUUACACAGGAAUACUUGACCGACCCGGUACGAGUGAGGGUUGGAAAUGUAAGCAGUCCAACGGCAAAUGUAUCCCAAAAUUUGGAGAAAGUACCCGAAAAUGAGAAGAUUGACCGGCUUCUAGAUCUUCUUGUGGAGGAGUCUGCUCAAUCCGAAAAAUCUGGCCACCCAUUUCCACUGACCAUUGUAUUUGUGGAACGGAAGACGAAGUGUGAAGAAGUUGCAGAAGCUUUGAUGAAGCAGGGAUUGCAUGCAACUUCACUUCAUGGUGGUCGUAGUCAAAGUGAAAGAGAGGCCGCCCUUCGUGGUUUCAGACAUGGUCCUAGCAGAAUCCUGGUUGCCACUGAUGUUGCUUCUCGUGGAUUGGAUGUCACUGGGGUUGCACAUGUAGUUAACUUAGAUCUUCCAAAGACCAUGGAGGAUUAUGUCCACAGGAUAGGGAGGACUGGUCGUGCAGGAUCAACAGGGAGAGCCACAUCAUUUUAUACUGACCGAGAUAUGUUUCUUGUGGCACAAAUACGGAAAGCAAUUGCAAAUGUUGGGUGUGGCAAUACUGUUACUUUUGCUACUGGAAAGACUGCAAGAAGGAAGGAGAAAGAAGCAGCGGCAGCUCAGAGGGACGCAAGUACCGGACUCUCCAAACUGUCGUUGAUGGGAUCCGCUGCUACAAUAAAUGUUGAGGACAGUUACAGGCACAUGAUUUCACCAGCUACAGGCAAGAAAGCUGUGGGAGCUGCCGAUAGUGCUUGGGAUGAUUGAUUUCCCCACAGUUUAGUUGAGAAUGGAGUGAACAACAAAGUCACGGCUGAGUGUGUGCAUGUUCACCUCCACGGUACUUCCCCUCUAUCGAUUUAAUGUCUGUGCUCACAGUUAGUUGCUAGCCCCCCACCCCACCCAAAGUAGAACAUCUUUCUUUUAGUUGAGGUUUUGGCGACUUGCCGUUUCUAUUCUUUUAUAUUUUAUAUUUAUGGUCUCUGAUUGUAGCAUUACAUAGCAUUGUUAGCAAAUCACAAUGUGCCCUUCUUUUUGUUAAUAUAAUAUAUUAUUAUAUAGACGACAACCUUUGUCAUGUACUGAUGUCCACAAACAAAUGAAGCUUUAAUUUCGAAAUCGAU